UUUGCAGCUUCCCAGGACCAUAUCUUUGUUCAGUGUAAUUUUAUAUAAAAACAGCAUUCUAAUGAACAUACCUGAAGGAUAUUAAUAGUGCAGAUAAGAUCUUGUAUGUUCAUCCCAUGUUACAAUUCAUGUAGGAAAAAGUAGAUUUCUGAAUAACAAAACCUUUGUCUUUAACAGGUGAGAGGAAUGACGUGUGCCUCCUGUGUACAUAAAAUAGAGUCUAUCCUCACAAAACACAGAGGGAUCUUCUACUGCUCUGUGGCCCUGGCAACCAACAAAGCACAUAUUAAAUAUGACCCGGAAAUUAUUGGUCCCAGGGAUAUUAUCCAUACGGUUGAAAGCUUAGGUUUUGAAGCUUCUUUGGUCAAGAAGGAUCGGUCAGCAAGUCACCUGGACCAUAAACGAGAAAUAAGACAGUGGAGACGGUCCUUCCUUGUGAGCCUCUUUUUCUGUAUUCCUGUAAUGGGGCUGAUGAUAUAUAUGAUGGUUAUGGAUCACCAUCUUGCAACUCACCAUAAUAAGAACACAAGUCAAGAAGAAAUGAUGAACAUUCAUUCUUCUAUGUUCCUGGAGCACCAGAUCCUGCCAGGAUUGUCCAUUAUGAAUUUGCUAUCCUUUCUAUUGUGUGUACCUGUACAGUUUUUUGGAGGCUGGUACUUCUACAUUCAGGCCUACAAAGCACUGAAGCAUAAAACUGCAAAUAUGGAUGUACUGAUUGUGCUGGCAACCACCAUUGCAUUUGCCUACUCUUUGGUUAUUCUUCUGGUUGCAAUGUAUGAAAGAGCCAAAGUAAACCCUAUUACUUUCUUUGAUACACCUCCUAUGCUAUUUGUGUUUAUUGCACUAGGCCGGUGGCUGGAACAUAUAGCAAAGGGCAAAACAUCAGAGGCUCUUGCCAAGCUAAUUUCACUACAAGCUACAGAAGCAACUAUUGUAACUCUUGACUCUGAUAAUAUUCUCUUAAGUGAAGAACAAGUGGAUGUGGAGCUCGUUCAACGUGGAGACAUCAUUAAAGUGGUUCCAGGAGGCAAAUUUCCAGUGGAUGGUCGUGUUAUUGAAGGACAUUCUAUGGUAGAUGAGUCCCUUAUCACAGGGGAGGCAAUGCCUGUGGCUAAGAAAUCUGGCAGCACAGUAAUCGCCGGUUCCAUUAACCAGAAUGGGUCACUACUUAUCCGUGCAACCCAUGUUGGAGCUGACACAACGCUUUCUCAAAUUGUUAAACUUGUGGAAGAGGCACAAACAUCAAAGGCUCCUAUCCAGCAGUUUGCAGACAAACUCAGUGGCUACUUUGUUCCUUUUAUUGUUAUUGUUUCCAUCGCUACCCUCUUGGUUUGGAUUAUAAUUGGAUUUCUGAAUUUUGAAAUUGUGGAGACCUACUUUCCUGGAUAUAACAGAAGUAUCUCCCGAACAGAAACGAUAAUACGCUUUGCUUUCCAAGCCUCUAUCACAGUUCUGUGCAUUGCAUGCCCCUGUUCACUGGGACUAGCCACUCCGACUGCUGUGAUGGUGGGUACAGGAGUAGGCGCUCAAAAUGGCAUACUAAUCAAAGGUGGCGAGCCAUUGGAGAUGGCUCAUAAGGUGAAGGUAGUGGUGUUUGAUAAGACUGGAACCAUUACCCAUGGAACCCCAGUAGUGAACCAAGUAAAGGUUCUAGUGGAAAGUAACAGAAUAUCACGCAGUAAGAUCCUGGCCAUCGUGGGAACUGCUGAAAGUAACAGUGAACACCCUCUAGGAGCAGCCAUAACCAAGUACUGCAAGCAGGAGCUGGACACUGAAACCUUGGGUACCUGCGUAGAUUUCCAGGUUGUGCCAGGCUGUGGUAUUAGCUGUAAAGUCAUCAAUAUUGAAGGCUUGCUACAUAAGAAUAACUGGAAGAUAGAGGAAAAUAAUAUUAAAAAUGCAUCCCUGGUUCAAAUUGGUGCAAGUAAUGAACAGUCAUCAACUUCAUCUUCCAUGAUUAUUGAUGCCCAGCUCUCAAAUGCUCUUAAUGCCCAGCAGUACAAAGUCCUCAUUGGUAACCGGGAGUGGAUGACUAGAAAUGGUCUUGUUAUUAACAAUGAUGUAGAUGAUUCCAUGACUGAACAUGAAAAAAAAGGUCGGACUGCUGUAUUGGUGGCAGUUGAUGAUGAGCUGUGUGGCUUGAUAGCCAUCGCUGACACAGUGAAGCCUGAAGCAGAAUUGGCUGUCCACAUUUUGAAAUCUAUGGGCUUAGAAGUAGUUCUAAUGACUGGAGACAACAGUAAAACAGCUCGAUCUAUUGCUUCUCAGGUUGGCAUUACAAAGGUGUUUGCUGAAGUUCUCCCUUCUCAUAAGGUUGCUAAGGUGAAGCAACUUCAGGAGGAGGGGAAACGGGUUGCAAUGGUAGGCGAUGGAAUCAAUGACUCUCCAGCUCUGGCGAUGGCUAAUGUAGGGAUUGCCAUUGGCACGGGGACAGACGUAGCCAUUGAAGCAGCUGAUGUGGUUUUGAUAAGGAAUGAUCUUCUGGAUGUAGUGGCAAGUAUUGACUUAUCAAGGAAGACCGUCAAGAGGAUUCGGAUAAAUUUUGUUUUUGCUCUAAUUUAUAAUCUAGUUGGAAUUCCCAUAGCUGCUGGAGUUUUUAUGCCCAUUGGUUUGGUUUUGCAGCCCUGGAUGGGAUCUGCUGCAAUGGCUGCUUCAUCUGUCUCAGUAGUACUUUCUUCUCUCUUCCUUAAACUUUACAGAAAACCAACUUAUGAGAAUUAUGAACUGCAUGCCCGAAGCCAGAUGGGACAGAAAAGGCCUUCAGAGAUCAGCGUUCAUGUUGGAAUAGAUGACACCUCGAGAAAUUCUCCUAAGCUGGGUUUGCUGGACCGGAUUGUUAAUUACAGCAGAGCCUCCAUAAAUUCACUCCUGUCUGAUAAACGGUCCCUAAACAGCAUUGGUACCAGUGAACCUGACAAGCAUUCCCUUCUGGUGGGAGACUGCAGGGAAGAUGAUGACACCACAUUGUAACAGGCCACACAGAAUGCUACUAGAUGUUGUUAUGCACUGAUACAGCAUUAAUGAUGUCUCCUUAACUUUUCAAAAUAUCGUGGAAGGACUUUAUAUUGGUCUCAUGCCCUUAUGGUAGGGAGUCCCUUUGAAUUGCAUUUGUCUAAAGGCAAAAAUACCUUUCUUCAGAGCAUUAGCUCUCAACCUAGCUUUAUUUAAAAUGAAUUUCCAAUACUUUUUGUUUUCUCUAGUAACAGAUAAGGUAGGCCAGUGAGGUUUACAACAAGCCCUACAAUUGAAGAUUGCUGAUUUGCUGCUAAAGUGGUAGAUAAUUUUUUAUUUGACCAAAAAGAAAAGGCUCAAGAGAAAGGAUACUUGAAAGUUUGAAGAUCUGAGAGCAUGAUCUUGAGGACAUUCUUGAGCCCUCAGCCCUGCCAGGUUGGGGAACAAGGGCUUUAAAACACUGUAUAAAGCAUCUGGUUUUAGAAGGAAAACAGUAGAAACUGUUUAAAAAUAGACGUGCCUUAUUUAUUACAGGCUUCCCCCCCCCCCGCCCCAUUCUCUCUGCAUCUUUGUCUUUGCAGUUGCUUUCUUAGAUGCCCUAGUAUGGUUCUUUGUCGUUGUUAUUGUUCUUUCGAGUGAGCUCAGUGUAGGUGAUUUUUGAUGGAUAAAAAUAACUGACAACUUUUCCAAUAUCUUCUUCCUUUCUUUAUCUUGUAGCCCCAAAGACCUUAAGGGUCCAGAGGGUUCUUUGUUUCCUAUCUCUCCAUUGUUGUAAAAAAAAAAAAAAAGAUAUCGGAUUCUUCUUUCAUUGACUCCCUAGCUCUGUACAAACUUUCAAUUUACUCCUGCUUAGUUCCACUAUAAAUUGUUCUUAGUCUCUCAGCCUCAGUCCAGAAACUUAAGAUUUUGAGCCUCUUCCACAGUUGACUUUUUCAGAUUAACACUACCAUCUUUAACAUAUACGGGUCAUAUGAAAUUACCUGGAUUCACUAAAUUUGUCCUUUAUGGGAGAGAAUACAAGACUUUAGCUGGUAUCUAUAAUUUAAUAGAUUUUCAGUAUAUUUUAGUAUUUUAGAUGACUUCUCAAGAUGACUUUAAAAUAAUGCUAUUACACAAAGCUGCAUUUACCCAAAAAUACAAUAAAUUGUCAUACAGAAAUGAGAAUUUCCCUAGGUUGUGAUACCUUUUAGCCAAAUCUAUACUUUUCUCUAGUUUAAAACAUUUGCCCUUGCGAAGUUAGUGUGGUUCGCAAAUUCAGGGGCUGUUCUCAGUGCCAUAUACAUUUAGAAAUCCCCCUCUGAGUGCCUAGGAGUGAAUAUACUGGUGAGAGAUCUGGUACUUGUAUCAUUAUUUAAAUUCCUCCUGAAUUGCAAGAUGGAUUUCAUAUGUAGAAUAUGGAAGUGAAAAUAAAUAAAUAAAUUCCUAAUAUUUGGUUCCCAUCACCAUAUGUAAAUCUGUUAGCACAAUGCCUAGCACAUAGGAUUUGCACUCAGUAAAUGUUAGUUCUUUUCUCCCCUUGAGGUCUGUAAUGAAUAUUAAUAAUCAAUUUUUUAGGGCAGAGUCUACAAUCAGGUAGGAGUGGGGGAUGGGUUUCUUCCUCUCCUACUUCCUUUCUCUCUUAUCCUUUCAUACACACACAGAAAAGUUUACCACAUUAUUCCAUGUUGUCUUUUCAGAUUUGGAAAAAAAAUCUCAUUUUUAUCUCAGCUAUCUUAAAGAGAGAAUUGAAACUAUUGAUGAAGGUGCUAUUAAUCUAGAAAGGCAAACCCGUCUUAAUGAAAUAUGAAUGUGAUUGUAUGUCUAGGCUCUUUAAAUGCCUGUGCCACCUUCUGUGCUUCCGCUUUGAAUUUUAAUAUUUGUUUUUUCUUUUAAUUCUAGUGGUUCAUCAUACCACAACUUGUUUCUUCUAGAAGAAACAGCCAAUAGGAAAAAAUGUAUAAUAGACUUUUGACAAAAGAAACACCUCUCUUUCUCCCUUACUCUUUCUCUGUCUUUGAAACACUUGAACAUAGCCAGUUACUACUUUUAUUUCUAUGUGUGUUUUUGAGUUGUCCUUUUGGGUCCCAUUUGACAAGGGACCCAUGUGUCCUAGGACAGUGAGAAGAGCAGCCUAUAGUCUGGGAAAAAUCAAGGAUUUAAUUUCAACCCUUGCUAUCAGAACAGAAAACAUGUUUAGAAAGAAUCCUGGUUUAAAUAUCUGAAACCAUCUUUGAAUUCUCUACCACAAGUCUCUUUUGUAAUCCUGAACUCCCAUUAGCUUCAUCGAACAGCUGUAUUCACAGGAGAGAGAGAGAUGAUACCAGGAUCAAAAACAUUGCUUUCAGUUAGUAACUAGCUCUAAGUAACUAGUGGCUAGUGAGAACAAAUGUUAUAAAUGUAUAUGUGUGUAUGUAUAUGUCUAUUCAUACAUAUGUACACACACAUAUUUACCAUAUAGAAGGAAAAUGGAUUUAUAUUUGAAUUUGACAUUUGAAUAUCUGAAGUUCUUUAUUUGUUGUUCCCUUAUCACUCUUCUGUAUUCACUCAGUAACCAUGCCCUCGGUCUGAAGAUAACAAGGAUGUUUUGAUAUCCAGUGCUGGCUCUGACUCAACAAUGGGGCACCUUUUAUCUUGAAUAUCCAAAGAUGCCUUUUGAAUUUCAAAGGUUAAAACACAACUAGAAUACUUAGUGUCCUAGUCUAAAGAAGUAUGGUGGUCAGUUGUGAAAAUAGAGGUGUUCUUUUUCCUAGUUUAGUAUCAGCAUUUUAGAGUGUUAAAUUUGAUGCCUUGUGAACAAAACAUUUUAUAUUGUGCUUUAACUUUUUAAAAGUUUAUUUUUUUCUUUUUUCAGAUGUCUUCUUUCUUCAGAAUGCUUAAAAUAGCACUGUAGACAAGAUGUUUCCAAAAAUUUAAGUGUGCAUAUCUUUUAUGUACACAGCUUAAAAUCAAGAAUGUAUGUUCUUUGAGAAUUUUUUUCCCAUUUCUUGUGAAUCUUGCUUUAAAAUUAUUUUUCUUAAUAUUUAUUUUACUCUAUUUUGUUAUUUUCUUUGGCUGAGGCAUCUGGUUAUUGGUUAUUUUAAUAAGAAUAAAAACAUUCCUGGAAUCACUCCCUUUGGAUUUUUUGCUUGUUUAUUUUGUACUUUUCUACAUUUAAAAAUAUUAUUUUACCAAAUAUAAAAAAUAUGGAUUCAUGCCGAAUUAUUAGCUAUUUUUACACUAAGUUUCUGUAGUCCCUCUGAAAGUUUAUCUGGUGUGAAUAACCAGGUAAAGCACAAAAGCAUGAAAUCUUGUUCUUCAGUUAAAAGAGCUUCUAUCGUGGCAUUGAUAAUAGAUACCUUUUGUAGCCAAAACCAGGCGUCUCAACCUUAUGUUUUUAGUUAAAUGUUUAACUAAACAUUGUUAAACAUUGAUUGUUUGGUACCCAAAACAGCAGUGGACAAUGUUGUGCAAUAAUCAUCUACUACAGUUAAGAUAUUCAGUAGUUUGUUUUUCCAUAAGCAUGUAAUUGAUCAUAUUUCUGCCAAGGAUGUGCCUUCAAAUUUAGAAUUAUAGUAUUGUAGAGAAA